CGAAAAUGCAGACCAGGACUUUCCAUAACCCCGGGGAGACACUUGUUGCCGGAGUCUGCACAAGUCCAGCCAUAGGAGGGAUCUAUAGGAAACAUCUGACAAUCAGAGGGCUGCUGACUGAGGAAACUCUCUCCUCCGUCCUUUUGUCUCCUCAGAGGACUGAAGCGGCUGCAGAGACGUGAACAAGGCCCUCCACUUCAUGUGGUAGUCUCCUCUGCUUGACAGGAGCAGCCAUGCUGGGGGUCCUCCUCAUCCUGUCCCUCUCCUCCCUGGUGGCUCUGGUCCCGCCCCCUCCUGCCCCUCCUGCCCUCUGCAAGUCCUGCUGCGAUCACCUGGAGCCAGCAGAGGGCAGCGGGGCCCAGCCGAUCACAGAGGGGUUCAACCAUGUGCCCGAGGUCCGCACCUACAUCAACAUGACCAUCCUCAAAGGUGACAAAGGAGAACGUGGCGACAGAGGAACACCAGGUAAAGCUGGACACGAUGGCCCCCCAGGCUCCAGGGGGCCCAUGGGCUCAGAAGGCGCUAAGGGCCAGGCAGGUCUUCCAGGAGACCCCUGCAAAGUGCAGUACUCUGCCUUCUCUCUUGGCCGUCGCAAAUCCCUCCACAGCCUGGAGUCCUACCAGGCGCUGGUGUUUGACACGGUCUUCGUCAACCUUGACGGCCACUUUGACAUGUUCAAAGGGAAGUUCUCCUGCCACAUCCCGGGGAUCUACCUCUUCAACGUCAACAUUCACACGUGGAACUUCAAGGAGACAUAUCUACACAUCAUGCAGAAUGACAAAGAGCAGGCCAUCGUGUAUGGCCAGCCCGGCGACCGCUCCAUCAUGCAGAGCCAGAGCCUGCUGCUGGAGCUGGAGCUGAACGACGAGGUGUGGGUCCGACAGUACAAGAGGGAGCGGGAGAACGCGAUUUACAGUGAUGAUGUAGACGUCUACAUCACUUUCAAUGGAUACCUCAUCAGAGCUAGUGUGAACGACUAUUGAAUGAGAGAAGAGGGAAGAGUCGCUGAGCAUGUGACUGUUGAGCUGGGAAGCAAACAAACUGAACUGACAUGGGAAAAGGAAGAAGAGAGCAAUUCACAGUUCUGUUGUUCUCUUCUUCCAUUCAUUCCUUGAGAUAAAGGUGUCCGGCAUGUUCCGCCGUGGUGCUAGAAUUACAAUUGUUGUAGGAGAAUCAGCGAUACCUCUUUGAGAAAAUGUGAAGUAAACUAAAAUACACUCAUUACCACAAUGGAAACUUGUCACAAAUAUGAAAGAUUUUAAUCAAAUGGAUGUGUUGGUGGGUCGGUGUUAGAUGCAGAUGAUGAAUAUUAAAAUUUUCCAAAAGGGGA